AUGGCUUUCUCGACGGACAGGUCUAAUACAAUCGGCUUCGUCGGCCUUGGCGCCAUGGGUAAUCAUAUGCUCAGUAAUCUUAUCUCGAGAUAUACGAGGCCGGAUGGAGGAAAGGAGGUCGCCUUCGCCUUGUGCGAUGUGAACCAGGCCGCGGUAGACAAUGUCAUUAAACGCCACCGCUCUAAGCACCCCAAUGUGCCACUCAUUAGUUGUUCAUCACCUCACGACGUAGCACAGAAAGCUUCCACAAUCAUCAGUAUGGUUCCAACCGGAAAGCACGUCCGGGAGGUCUACGUCGGCGAGGGAAAUAGUGUCCUGAGCGCUCUUCAGUCUAUGAGUCAAGACCAACGUGCUGAAACUCUCUGCAUUGAUCAAUCUACCAUCGAGCAAAGUGUCAGCAAGGCGGUCGCCUUGCAGCUGCAACAAAUCGGCGCAGAUCUGGUGGACGCCCCAGUCUCAGGAGGUGUCAUUGGCGCAGAAAAAGGCACUCUGUCAAUUAUGGUAGGCGGGUCCAAGGCCUCUUUUGAUCGCUCAGUCCCCAUUCUACAAUCCAUGGCCCGCAAGGUGACAUAUUGUGGUGAUCUAGGGGCAGGGCUUGCCGCCAAAAUCUCGAAUAAUCUUCUACUUGGCAUCACCAUGCUUGGCUUGAGUGAGGCGAUGUUACUGGGCAAAAGGCUUGGAGUUGAUUCGCAAGUACUCGCCGACAUCAUCAACAACUCCACGGGGCGUUGCUGGUCUAGUGAAAUCAAUCAUCCAGUCCCGGAGGUUAAGGCCGGAGACUCUAGCCCUCCAGCCCAUAGGAACUACAAGGGUGGUUUCGUUACUAAGUUGGCCCACAAGGACCUUGCUCUUGCUGUUUCAGCUGCCGAAGAGGCCGGUGUGCCUCUUGCGGUGGGACGGUGCGUUGAGGAGACGUAUCGACCACUGGCUAGAUCUAAGGAGUUCGGGGACCGUGACUUCAGUGUGAUCUACGAGGCUCUUGAUUCUCUGGGAUCCGCUACGCGGAGCUCCAAGCCGUAG